GCCUUCCAUUUUGUGCCACAUCUUCGGAAUUACACUCAAUCGUCUCGGAUUGUCGAGACCUAUCCAACGGAUUCAGUCUUUCUGCAGCACUACUAACGACACACUGGCAAAUCCUGAACACCGUCUUUGACAGAUCAUUCGGUAAGACCUGCUUGUGAAACUGCGUUGUUUUUUAUUUUUCCCACUACAUUGGGAUACCAUUCGACGGAGCUUUUUUAAGGCUACUAGACAACACCUUACUUAUUGUAGUGCACCUCUAGACACCACAAAUAGAGGCUAUUUUGUGAUCACGCAAUUACCGCUGUAACUCCCUUAGCGCGUUUUGCCACGCAAAGCCUUUGUGAUAUUCCAAUGUCCACUGUUCCUCGCGUGCACAUGAUGGGCCGACGUAGUCUCAAAGUUACGCCAAUGAACAACAAAUCCAAGGUCAUUAGUGGUCCAGACACGUCGGUCACCAAAUGCUCGCUUUGUUCCAAUUCCUUCGAUGGGGCUACAGGACACUGUAUGUCGAUCGACGGCUUGUGUGUGUGUGACGCAUGUUCGACCAAACCGUUGGCUAGGGUCACUCAAGCGCUUAUGGCGAAAUGUGAAAGUUUAGCCCUAACGGUCACAGAACUGAAGGAAUUGACUACUAGCUUGGUAAAAAAAACCACUGAACUUGAGUCGCAGAUUAGUGUAUUAAGUAGCCCGAAUCCCAGACCUGUCAAAAGGCGAGAGCCAUUUAGUAAAGAAGCCACACAGUACGGUAAAAAUAGCACACCAUUGUUGAUGGACGCCAGCGAAGACAGGCCUGUCGAACGACCUCCCAAGUUUUGUGAAGUGUCUCAAGGCUUAAACAGCUAUGCACAAACCGCACGCUCAACCCUGUCACGGGUUGGACAGCAACAUUUGACCCCCACAAACAGCACAACAAACGGCGUUCCGCGUAUGCAGCCAUGUAGCAGCGCAGGCUCUCCCUGCACAAGGGACAAGAUGAGUAGUCAACCUAGACAAAUGUCCACCAGUAACAACUCUCAGGAUAAGCAGUUAGUGUCCAACAAAAACGCUCUGACAAUUAUGUGUUCAAAUGUACCAGAGCCCACGAGCGAGUCGCUAAAAGGUAGGCAAGUGGAAGAACAAAACCGCUGGGCAGAGAUAUGCUGUGCUCUCGAAAUUAACGUUCCUGCAACUAGUCUUACGCGCAUUUCCCGAAAUUCAUCCUCGCCGCAUUUAGGACAACCUCGGUUAUUACGAGUAACAUUUGGUAACACACGCGACCUGGAGGAUGUGCUCCUGACAGGCCACAAGCUAACAAAUUCCUCUCUCAGCGCCCGCAUUUUCCCAGAUAAACCAUGGAUAGAAAGGCAAAAAUGGAAAUCCGACCCAGUCGCGUCACGACAUGAUGCGACGAAGAAAGUAGUGCUGGUCCACGGUGUUCCAGAACUUAACCAUGGCGAUAUAAAUGAACAUCAGAAGCAUGAUAUAGAAGAGUGGAGGUACAUAACGGAGCUCUACAACAUACAAAAUAUCGUGACUUUCGAUGUCACCCGUCUAGCGGCCUCCUUAAACUAUCAGGGUAACGGGCCAAAAAUUUUGAAAGUCACCGUGGCUACACCUGAGAUGGUAUCAACGGCCGUCCAAGCGUGGCACGACAACAGAAAACGUGGGCCACCUGAAAUACGUUUAAGACCGUUCCUAAACAAAGUACGGGCUACAGAUACAGACGAACCGGACUCCGUUGUUCCUAAAUCAGGUCAGACAAAUGUGCAAACGCCUGUGACAAAAAACGUACGCAGACCGGCACAAGCUGUGCCGGUCAACCACAACGAACCGAGCUCCUAAUGUGUCAACAGAUACAGUGCUGCUACACAAACGCUCAGGGGCUCAACUCUAAGCUACCUGAAUUGCGCCAUCGACAUAACACAAUCAAUUGGGAUAUCAUAGCUGUAACUGAAACCUGGCUCUCCAAUGACAUGCUCGACACGGAAAUCGAAAUCAGUGAUAUGUCAGUUAUUCGCAAUGAUCGUCCAUCUCGCGGUGGCGGCGUUGCUCUGUACUAUCGGAAUUGUCUGAGAUGUGAGGCUAUUAACGAACGUCACCUUGCUGUCUCCGACGCUUUGUUUUGCCGAAUGCAGCUAAAUGGCCGAGGUGGUGAACCUUCGAAGAAGACGUGGGAUGCUUGUCUGUUGGCAGUUGUCUACAGGCCACCGAACUCCACCGCAGACCGAGAUGACAUUCUGUUAAAUGCGCUUCAUUAUGCAGUUUCUCAAAAGUACUCACAUUGUCUAAUCAUGGGCGAUUUUAACGUGCCCUCAAUUGUCUCAGCGACUUCUAGUGGUCCUUACUUUAAAUCAAAAAUUCUCGAGUUUAUGGAUACAGCAGCUCUGUACAACCACGUGCACCGCCCAACUAGACACCGCGGUUCAAAUAAGCCAUCGCUUCUAGAUUUAAUCCUAACCAACGAAGAGUUGAUGAUUGAGACAAUUUCAUACGAUCCACCAUUAGGCAACAGUGACCACUCAGUGUUGAAUUUUGCCUAUGUGUGUUACGCCAAUACUACUGAAAUCAGACAUGAAAACCGACGAACUAUAACCAACUAUUCCGUGCUGCACAGCCUAGCGACAACCGUCAACUGGGACCUCAAUCUACAGAGCACGGCAGACGACGCGUGGAACGAACUAAAAGACAAAAUUAGCUGUGUCACGCAAGCAGCGUCAAAAGUCAUACCAUUACGAGUGCCGCGCCGGACCAACACCUGGAUCCGAAGCAGAACGCGUAAAUGGAUUAGCACCAGAGACGAGAUCUGGAGACAAUACGCGCUGAACCAUUGCGACGCCACCUGGGAGAAUUACAAAAUAGUGAGGAACUAUUGCACAUCACUGAUUAGAGCCGAUAAGUACGAAUGGCAAAAAAACAUGGUACUUAAAUUCACGAACAAUACAAAACUGCUGUACAGGUACGUGAACAGCAGAAGAAAAGUUAAAACAGGAAUACCACCACUCAAGACAGAUGGUGGCCUAACGACUACUGCUGUGGAUGCUGCGAACGCAUUACUUCUGCAGUUUGGCACAGUGACUGCAAACGCCAUAGAACCUUUGCCAAACCAGCAUUCACCCAACGUGGUCGGCAUAUCAACUGUCACUUUUACCUCAGCAGCUGUCGCUAGCAAAUUACGGUCUCUAAGAGAAAAUAGCGCUCCGGGAGUCGACAAGAUCAGACCCAAAGUUCUUAAAACUCUUGCUCCCACCAUAGCAGCACACCUCGCAAGCUUUUUCCAAAGUCUACUCAAUUCCCAAACACUUCCGUCUGAGUGGAAAAGCGGGAUAGUCACUCCGAUAUACAAAGGAGGUAAGCGAUCGGAUCCUGCCAACUACCGACCCAUUACUCUCCUCCCUGUGUUAUCAAAAGUAAUGGAAUCGUUAGUUGCAGAUGAAAUUACACGAUAUUUUGAGAGUCUGAAGCUGAUUUCUCACCUCCAACACGGCUUUAGGCGCAAACGUUCUUGCCUCACAAAUCUGCUUCUUGCUCGGGAUUCAUGGACCAAAGCGGUUGAUGAAGGGUCCCCCCUUGAUGUGAUUUACCUAGACUUUUCGAAGGCAUUCGACAGAGUCAAUCACUUAGCUCUGCUUCAUAAGCUUCGUGCCUACGGUAUCCAUGGUUCCCUACUCACCUGGCUAGCAGCAUAUUUGCAUGACAGAACGAUCAAGGUCAGAGUCGCCGAUGCCCUCUCGGAAACCCUCUGCAUCUCCAGCGGUGUUCCUCAAGGAUCCGUCCUUGGUCCCCUCCUUUUUCUGGUCUACAUUAACGACCUCCCGGAUAAUAUUCAAUCCUCGAUGCAAAUUUUUGCAGAUGACGCAAAAAUCUGGAGAGUUAUUCACUCAACAUCAGACUGUGCCCUCCUCCAGAAUGAUUUGGAUAGAAUCAACAAAUGGGCAGAUAUAAAUCACCUCCCCCUGAAUCCUGCCAAGUGUCACCUACUGUCAUUGCGCAGCAAUCUUGUCAACACGUACCUCUUGGGGCAGUACGCUUUACGGCGCGUGACCACAGAAAAAGACUUAGGUAUCAUUGUGCAAGAAAGUCUGGGGAAUUCGCUCCAAUGUUCCAAAGCAGCGAACGUGGCGAACAUGAACCUGAGACUUUUGAGGCGAGCCUUUGGUGUUUUUGAACGACGGUUGGUACCCAUGCUUGUCAACUCCUAUAUCCGUCCCCACGUCGAAUAUGCCGUCCAGGCUUGGUGCCCAUGGUUAAAACGAGACAUUCAUCUCUUAGAGCAGCCCCAACGAAGAGCUACCAAGGCAACACGCGGAUUAUCUGGUCUCAAUUAUGAAGUGCGUCUCAGUUUAAUCGGAAUGUUUUCCUCCGAAUACCGAAGACUACGCGGAGAUCUCAUUCUCGCAUACCGGAUAUUAACGGAAAGCGAUCACCCGUGCAAAUCGCUGCUCACCCUAGCCUCAUAUAAGCGAUCGAGAGGUCAUAACCUCAAGCUGAUAAUCCAACACUCCCGAUUAGACUGUAGAAAAUAUUUUUACUCUCUUAGAAUCUGUUCACAAUGGAAUGACUUGCCAACGCAUGUGGUAAACGCUCCGAACAUUACAGCCUUCAAACAAUUGUUAGACAUUCAUCUGAGUGACAAACAACACAUUGUGGUGUGAUGUACCAGGUUUUGGACUAUUGGCAUUUCAGUUCCAUGUCGGAAUCUAAUGAUUUUUAUCUAUUUGCAUUUACCAUCCUAUGGGUCUUGUAAAGCCAAUGCUUUUUAUCCCAUCAUACACUAUUGAACUAUU